AAGCGCGGAGCCAGUGGGUGCGGAGGCAGGCGAGCCUCAGGAUGGUGGACAGCGUAUACCGGACCCGCUCCCUGGGGGUGGCCGCCGAAGGGCUCCCGGACCAGUUCGCGGACGGGGAGGCGGCGCGCGUGUGGCAGCUCUACAUCGGGGACACCCGCAGCCGCACCGCCGAGUACAAGGCGUGGCUGCUCGCGCUGCUGCGCCAGCACGGCUGCCAGCGGGUGCUCGACGUGGCCUGCGGCACCGGAGUGGACUCCAUCAUGCUGGUGGAAGAGGGCUUCAGCAUGACAAGUGUGGAUGCCAGUGACAAGAUGCUGAAGUAUGCACUUAAAGAGCGCUGGAACCGGCGGCACGAGCCUGGCUUCGACAAGUGGGUCAUCGAGGAAGCCAACUGGAUGACUCUGAACAAAGAUGUGCCCCAGCCAGCAGAGGGUGGCUUUGAUGCUGUCAUCUGCCUUGGAAACAGUUUUGCCCACCUGCCAGACUCCAAAGGGGACCAGAGUGAGCACCAGCUGGCGCUGAAGAACAUUGCAAACAUGGUGCGACCAGGGGGCCUGCUGGUCAUUGAUCACCGCAACUAUGACCACAUCCUCAGCUCAGGCUGUGCACCCCCAGGGAAGAACAUCUACUACAAGAGUGACUUGACCAAGGACAUCACAACCUCAGUGCUGACAGUGAACAACAAAGCCCACAUGGUGACCCUGGACUACACGGUGCAGGUGCCAAGGGCUGGCCAGGAUGGUUCUCCUGGCUUGAGUAAGUUCCGGCUCUCCUACUACCCGCACCGUCUGGCAUCCUUCACGGAGUUGCUCCAAGCAGCCUUCGGGGGCAAAUGCCAGCACAGCAUCCUGGGUGACUUCAAGCCUUACGAGCCAGGCCAAGCCUACAUUCCCUGCUACUUCAUCCAUGUGCUCAAGAGGACAGAUUGAGUGUGGCCUCAGCUCCCACCACCCUCUGCCCAGGCACUUCCAGCUCCAUCUGGGAGAUGGGAACCAGCAGCUUCUAGAGCAGACCACAGGGGGCACAGGGAUGUGGGUUCAGGCGAACAGAGGGUAAACAAUAGAGUCCACGCCUUUUCA